AUGGCUCCUAAAUACGCUCCAAGUCUGCGCUCCCGUUUGGCCCCUCUGUUGCUUUGUCUUCAGACUGGAUUCAUCAUCUUGUCUGCCUUUUACUUUGAAAUCAAAGAAACAGGUGAUAGGCAUGCUUUCAUCAACUUUUACCCAGAGUACCAGGAUGUGAAUGUGAUGGUCAUUCUGGGUUUUGGCUUCCUGUGCACCUUUCUCGUGCGGUAUGGUUUCAGUGGCUCUGGGUUCAACCUCCUUGUUGCUGCCAUUGCCACCCAAUGGGGAAUUAUACUGAACGGCAUUAAGUUCUGGUAUUACACAGGAAAGAUAAGGGUUGAUUUGAAAAGCAUUGCUGUUGCCGAGUUGUAUGCAGCUUCAGCACUCAUUUCAAUUGGAGCCGUGCUGGGGAAGACCAACCCAGUCCACCUCACCCUCAUCGCCCUGCUGGAGGUGUCAGGGUUGGUCCUAAACGAAUGGCUCCUCCAGACUCUCCUGAAAGUGAGACCUCUGAACGGCAUCAUGCUGCUUCACGUGUUCGGGGCCCUCUUUGGACUCAUGCUGAUGUGGAUCCUGAACCGGAAAGGCUCAGAGCAGGGGUUUGAAAAAGAGAAGUUUGACAGAAAAUCAGGAUUGUUCUCCAUGUUGGGCACUUUGUUUCUCUGGAUGUUUUGGCCCACUUUUAACUCGAUGCUUGUGGACGACCGUACUCCUUGGAGGAAGCUGGGGGCUGUGAGCAGCACCUACCUGGCCCUUGCUGUUAGUGCUGUAACGGCAGCUGCAGUAUCUGUGCUCUGCAACCCAAAGGGUAAACUCAACCUGAUCCAGUUGCAGUCAAGCAUCCUGGCAGGUGGCGUUGCCGUCGGAGUUUCUAUAUCAGCGAUACAUCAGCCUUGGGAAGCCAUGACAAUCGGAUUCGCUGCAGCCAUUAUAUCCACUAUUGGAUUCAAAUAUCUUAAGACGCACAUGCUCAUUGCGUUCGAGUGCCAUGAUACCUGUGCCAUCAUGAGCACACACGGACUCCCAGGUCUGCUGGGAUGGCUCGCACAACUCGUCCUGCAGAUUAAAGCCUUUGACGAUCACACCCUGGCGAUCCGAUUUGCUGUGUUCCACAUUUGUACUCUCUUCAUCACAGUCACCAUAAGUCUGAUCAUGGGAAUCCUAACAGGAUUUCUACUCAAAUUGAACCUCUGGAGACCCGCUCAAGACAAUAAAUGCUUUGAUGAUCAAGCUUUCUGGGAGUUUCCCCACCUUGCAGAGCGCAAGUAGGAAGAGCAAGAACGAAGAGAAAGAAGUGAUGUUCUGAAUCUGAUCUUGAGAAAAGCAUCGAAUUUUAGCAUCAAUUCUAACCACUGUAUAUAAUUUUAUACACACUUUCUUACUUUUACUAAAUAUAGUUGUCAGAUAUAUUUGUGCGAAUGGACUGGAUUGUGAA